AGUACUUAUUCUUGCCUGCUUUACGGUGGUCAGGGCACAAAGGUAACUAGCUGUAAAUUGCAUUAUCUAAACAUGUCUAAAAUACAGUUGUUGAGGGUGUUUCUCAACGAGCGAUUAGCAGUUGCUGUUGAUGAGAUCUUCGGGGCAGUUGAAAAAACAAUAACUGAGUACCAGGAAGAAGUUUCCCGUUCAAAGGAUGAAAACGAUCGUCUGCAAAGGCUGCUUGAAAUCGCCCUUAAACCAGAGUUAAAGCUGCACAGAGCAGACCUCCAGCAGCUCACUUUCCGUGUGUCUGAAGAGGAGGUUCACCCUGAUCAGCAGAAGUGUGUGCAGGAGUGGAGCCCCAGUCUGGGACAGGAGGACCCAGAGUUUACACAGAUUAAAGAGGAGCAGGAGGAACCCAGAACCAGUCAAUGGGAAGAGCAGCUUCAAGGGCUAGAAGAUGAUAACAAAGACUCCAUAUUCAUUCCUGCUUGUGUAAAAGGUGACUGUGAUGAGAACCCAACUCUGCAAUCAUAUCUUUAUCAUGGUCAAAAUGAAGUUAACGGAGAGAGAGUCUCUCUACCCAGCACCUCAACUAAACCGAUCAAUACCGAACACUAUGAAGAGGAUUACCUGGUAUCAGAACUAACCAGUGACUCUCAUACUCUCGCUGCAGUAGACUGUUCUGCAGUUCAGAGAGAAAACAGUGCAACUGUCAAUGGGAUGGAAAGUGGAGUCCCUCAGUCAGGUUUUAAGCGAGGAAAAUCAAAUAAAACAUGGACAGUAAAAAGACAGAGCUCUCGUGCCAAUAAUAAGGGUAGGAAUUCCACAAAGUCCUCCAUUCUGAAAUCACCUAGUCAAAGUCAUAAUGCUCCUUGUCAUUGUAAGGUGUGUGGCAUGUCUUUUCAUUACAUGGGUUCUUUAGUGAAUCAUGUGCAAACUCAUACAAUGGAUAAAGAACAUCCUUGUGGUGUGUGUGGAAAAUGCAUUGAAUCCACAGAAAGUAUGAAAGAUCACCUUCAAAUUCACAGUGCAGCUAAGUUUUCUUGUAAAGUUUGUAGUAAAUGUUUUACAAGGAAUAGUAAGCUGACAGUGCACAUGAGGACUCACACAGGAGAGAAACCACAUCACUGUCGUGAUUGUGGCCAAAGAUUCAGCACUGGGUCCCAUCUUAGAGUGCACAUGAGGACUCAUACAGGCGAGAAACCAUAUGUCUGUCCUGAUUGUGGCAUAGGCUUCUUUCAGAGUGAACAUCUGAAAGCACACAUUAGGAUCCACACAGGAGAGAAACCAUACCAUUGCCGUUUUUGUGACAAAUGUUUCAGGACUGGCACCAAUCUGACAGGUCACAUGAGGACUCACAGGGGAGAAAUCAUUUAGCUGUAUUCUGUCUGAGAAAAUAAUGUUGGUGGUCUGAACUUAGCAGAAGUUGGAUUUUGUCAUUGUUGGACAUUAUGUCAGUAUCUAAGAAGCGCUCAUUACUCAAAGAUUACAUUGUAUUCUUUAUGAGAAAAAAACUCAAUAUAAAAACAUAAAUCUUCGCUAUAUCUGCAACUGUUAUACCCCUGAACAGGGGAAGUAUAGAAAUAAAUCACAUGGAGAUGUAGCUUCGGAUUCAAGUAAUUUGUAAUGAGUGUUUUUCAUAUAAAAUCAUCAACCAUUUACAUGGGGCGGCAGGUAGCCUAGUGGUUGCAAGAUCGAGUCCACGAGCUGACAAGGUAAAAAUCUGUUAUUCUGAACAAGGCAGUUAACCCAAUGUUCCUGGGCUGUCAUUGAAAAUAAGAAUAUGUUCUUAACUGACUUUGCCUAGUUAAAUAAAGGUAAAAUAUAUUUUUUAUUUUUAAAUGUACAAAAUAGAAUGUUUCACAAAUGCACAAAAUAUCUUCUCUCAAAUUACAUAGCUGUUACAACUGUUCAAUAAACCAGUAUUGUCAUAUUUAUACAUUACAAUGGCUCUUAGUAUCCCUCUUUAAAUGCUUCCUAUCAAAACAUCCAAGAGGAUCAUAAUGGGACCUUUCUGGAC